ACAUGGCUACCGUUAAUGUAAACACAGGAAUACCAAUACCUGUUACAUUACAUUCUUAGAAAAAUUAUUCUUUCGCUAAUCUUCAAUGUCAAGUUUUUUUCAAUUCGACUGAUAAAUAUUUUCAUAAACAGCUGUAGUUAAAAUAAAGUGUAAUUACUUGUAAUAUUCAAUAUUUGAUAUUUGAAAUAAUGGAAAAUACAUUUAAUGAUUGUGUAAACAUGCUUAAAGAAAAUACUAGUCAUAUCUUUCAAACAGCAAUACAAACCUUAUAUAAAAUCUGUGAUAACAUAGUUAAAUUUCCAAGUGAUGAAAAAUAUAGAAAACUUCGUAUCGCAAAUCCUGUUAUAAGUGAAAAAUUAUUACCAGCUAUUGGAGCUACUGAGUUUUUAUUUGAAUUGGGCUUCGUAGAGGAUGAUGAAUUUUUCUUACUUCCAUCAAAUUUUUCAAGAAUUAAACUCGAAAAUGCGUUAAAAUUACUAAAAGAUUUAAAAAAUUUAGAAACUUUACCUAAAAAAAAUAAUGCAAUAAAAUCACUUCAUUUCACAAAUAAAAACCCACAACGAAAUUCGUUUUUUAAAACAAUACAAAGCCAUUUCGAAAGUGUUUUAAAUUAUGAAAACUCUGAACUUCAAAAAAAGGCAAAUUCAUGCAUUCCGAUUGAUAAACUAAAGUUGAAUGCAGUAAAACAGUUACGAGUAAUUCAAAAAGAAAUAAUACUUAAUUCUAAUAAUGGAAAAAAUUCAACAGAAGAAUCACAAGUAUCAAUUGAAGAACUUUUGUUAAGAGAAGUCAUGCACUGGUUUAAGAAUGAAUUCUUUACAUGGAUGGAUAGUCCAAAAUGUAAAUCUUGCACUCAAGUGUGUACAUUUAAUAGAAAUGAAUUCAGAAAUGAUCCAAGAAUAUCUAGAGUCGAAAUUCAUAUGUGUAAACAAUGUAAUACAGAAGAAGAAUUUCCACGAUACACAGACUCGGAAAUACUUUUGAAAACAAGAACAGGUCGUUGUGGUGAGUGGGCAAACACUUUUACGUUAAUAUGUCGUUCUCUUGGAUAUGAAGCACGGAUAGUUUACGAUCAAACUGAUCAUGUAUGGACAGAAGUUUGGCUAAUUAAUUCACAUCGAUGGGUCCAUGUCGAUCCAUGUGAAGAUACUUAUGAUCGUCCUUUACUUUAUGAAAAAGGUUGGAAUAAAAAAUUAUCUUAUAUCAUAGCCUUUUCUAAAGAUGAAAUUCAAGACGUUACUUGGCGUUACACACGAAAUCAAGCAAACGUCAUGAAGAGAAGAAAAAUCUGUUCAGAAGAACAUCUUUUAGAUUUGAUUAUUAAUCUCAAUGAAGAACGAUUGAAGUUUUUAACGCAACAAGGAUGUAGUGAAGCUCGAAAUCGUUUUAUAAUUAAAAGAAGAUUAAUGGAACUAGUCGAGUUUUUGCCAGCACCUCCAGGUAUGGUCAAACCUGACCAACAAAAUGACACAAAUGAGUAUGGUGGAAGAAUUUCUGGAAGUACUGCUUGGAGAGCUGCUAGAAAUGAAAUUUCAGAAAUACGCCAUGACCAUGUAUGGGAAGUUCCGAAAGACACAAAAACAUUCCACUUGCAAUAUUUUGUAGUUGAAAACAAAUACUACACUCUCAAUGAUAAUAAUGAAGUUUUAACUGUCAAACAAAGUUGGGAAGCAGGAGUAAACUCAUGUGUCGGUGGUAUUUUUCGAAAAGAAGAGAAAGAUUGGAAAAUGGUAUACCUCGCAAGAUCACCUGGUAGUCAAAUAGGAAAAAUAACUUGGAGUGUAGCAAUAAAAAACCAAAAAGUUAAUAUCGAGACAUUGGAAUUCAGUGCUGAUACAACAGUUUUUGAAGAUGGUUGUAUAAAGUGGACUAUUCAGGGCAUCAAUAACAAUAAAAUAGUAUCAUUAAAUGUUCCUAGUGACAAAUAUUUCAAAACUGAUCAACUUAAAAAUGUGGAAAGAAUAAAUGUAAUUGCUGAAAUGUCAGGAGGUUCCAAGGAUAUUUCAUGGCAGCAUGCUCAAUUAUUUCGAAAAAGUUUAGAUGCUACAAAAGAAUGUUCAAUGAAAAUAUGUUUAACUUUAAAUAAUAAACAUUGAUUAAAUUUCUUACAAUUUAUUCACAAUCA